AUGGACGGGCCUAGUGAGGAAAACUUUGGAAGGGCCUGGCGGGCUGCAGGGACCAUGACCGCAGCAGCCAUUGCCAGCCUGCUAGCCUCGGUGGGGCAAGUAAUUGCUGAGCACGAUGGAAAGUUCCCCUGUCUUCUGCAGGCACAGACAGCUCUGCGGGCAUUUGCAGCCGUGGCAUUGUCGCGAACAGCAUACGAGGUAGUUUGCCGGAUACCUUGGCGGUCCAUCGGGCGUCGCCCCUUGCAAGACACGAGCCGGAAGCUAGAAAUCCAGCUGCAAACAGCGACAGAGGAGUUGAGCAUCGUCAAAUCGGAAGUGGAGUCCUUGACGAUGGAAAAGCAGCACCUCGAGGCUCGGAUGCAGCGUUCCGAGGCAUCUCGCGAGCAAUUGCGUGGGAGCUUUGCAUCGGUUCUGUCUCGCCUGGAGCGGUCCGAAAGAGAUGAGUCGCAACUGCGGCAGGAGAUCCUUCGCAUUAUGACACUUGCCGCCUCAGGACCACAGCCACAGAGCUACGAUGCCCAGACUUUGCUUCCGGGUCUACAGGGCUCCACAGAGAUUCCCGCAGACUUCACCUUUGCGCCAAGCACACCCUCUUCGACAAGGUCAAGCCGGAAGCGCAAGACAGACCAGCGAUGCGUGUCCAGCACUCGUUUUGCCGAUUCUUCACUGGCCAGGACGGGCGAUGCCAUCAGCGAAUCCUCCUUCGAGGAUGAGCGAGAAGAGGGAAAUGAAACGCCACCGGAGUCCGAGGAAACCGCAACACCAGACGCCGCCACACGAGACCGCGGAAGUGAUAGUCCCCAAAAGCAAUCUCAUCGUGACAACCGCGCCUCCAUGAAGCCUCGCCAGUUGGAGCAUCAGACCGGAGAGGCCGAAGCCUUCGUGGCAGAGGCAGCCGAGGCAGCCAGCGCGAGCGCGGGGUCUGCCGGAUCUGCUCCCACAGAGGUGGACGAUGCGCAGCUUUUCGAAGUGCACCUCAACUGUUCUCGGGAAACCCGAGUCGGUUUAGUCCUUGACAACUCGGACGAGCAGGUAUGCCUUGUGAAGUCCAUCUCCGACGGGCUGGUGAAGGAGUGGAACGAGACCAGCAAGAAGUUUGCUGUGAAGCCUAGACACCGACUGCUUUUCGUCGAUGGGAGGCCAGGGAGCAGCACGGAGUUCAUGGCUGAGCUGAUGACUCGCUCAACUGCAGUCAAUCUGACCUUUGAACGGCCGCUGGUGUUGCGCAUUGCCCUUCGAAAGUCAGAGGAUGAGCCACUGGGGCUUGUGCUGCGCCCGACAGAAAGUGAUGCGAUGAUCGUGGAGGUGCAACCCGGCCUAAUACGCACCUGGAACAAGGCGGCCUCGCCGACGACGACGGUGAAGAAGUCCGACCGCAUCGUUGCUGUGAAUGGCAGCUCCGGGUCAGGGCAAGACCUCAUGAAGAUCAUCGAGACCGAUGACGUGUUGGACCUUCGAGUCUUUUCAUGGCAGGCAUAUCUUGAUCUGGGUCUCAGCUGA